AUGGAGGAGGUCUCACCUGUGGCUGCGUCUCCCACAGGAGGAGGUCUCACCUGUGGCUGCACCUCCCACAAGAGGAGGUCUCACCUGUGGCUGCACCUCCCACAAGAGGAGGUCUCACCUGUAGCUGCACCUCCCACAGGAGGAGGUCUCACCUAUGGCAGAACCUCCCACAAGAGGAAGUGUCACCUGUGGCAGCACCUCCCACAGGAGGAGGUCUCACCUGUGGCAGCACCUCCCACAGAAGCAGGUCUCACCUGUGGCAGCACCUCCCACAGGAAGAGGAGGUCUCACCUGUGGCUGCACCUCCCACAGGAGGAGAUCUCCCCUGUGGCUGCAUCUUUCACAGGAGGAGGGCUCACCUGUGUCCGCCUGUACCUCCCACAGAGAGGAGGUGCUGUGGGGGAGGUGAGGGGUGAUCUUGUGCAGCAGGAGGUGCAGGACCGUGUGGGAGGUCCAGACACUGGACACUCGCAGACACUUGGUGCCGACGCUCUGACCGCAGAGCUGCAGGUGGAAGCGGAUCACCCCAGAGAAGUCCAGGUUCUGACGACACAGUGUGGGCCUGUUAGCUCGAUGCUAACUGUAUAG